UCUUGUUGGGAGAUAGGGAAUGCCCGUUAGUUGCAUCCGCCGAUAAUAGCACAUCAGCCAGAGCAGUGCUAUUGGGAGAGCAGCGCACAGGCAGUGCGGAGGACUGAGCUGCUGAGCACAGAACAGCACACUAGAGGAGAUAGGCACACUCAGAGAGAGCGAGGGAAGAGAGAGCGCAUCAGAGAGGAGAGGAGGACAGAGAAGGAGCAGAGCAGUGGAAAGAGGAGAGGAGAGUGAAGAGGAGGAGAAAAGUUACCAGGUCAGCAAAAGAACGUGGAAGUGGAGCAGCUGGGGCUCAAGCAGGGUCUCAGUCCCACCGGAGAAGCCCCGUGCAGCAAUAGGCAGCAGGAGAGGAGAGUGAUAUUACAUGAGGGGAUAGAGGGAGAGCUGUAACUUCUUCCUGGAAAGGCAGUUCUGUCAUCAGGGCAGGGUUAUGCUCCUCACAGGACCCCUCUGCACAGCUACUUCAGGAGGAUCGCUGCAAGACAGCAAGCAGAAGACACUUGAACCUGGCAGAGGUGUCUGAGCCGUGCAGUUUCUGAUCCAUCUGUGCACUGUGAAGUGGAUGUGCUUGUGCUUCUCUAGGAGAGUGAAGUGGUGGAGCUUUGGAGGGCGAGUUGUUCUGUCCUGUCAUCUCAGAGACUAUGUUAGACUGUGCGUCAGGAAGUCCUUCAUCAGCAGCUGCAGCCCUAGAGCAUGGAGAAGUCCAGCAGUGAGGAGUCAGCCAUUCACCGUAGCCCCUCAGUAGAUAGCCGUGACUCAGAUUUUGCCCAAGCCUCCACGUCUGGCCGCCCAUUCGGUGGUCGGGGGUUUACCGCCGGUGCUUUCUACGGCUCCACUGGGUCGCGCAAAAACGCACAGCAGGGACAGGCUGGAGCGGCAGCUGAUGCCAGCGCAGGGGACAAGUCCAACAACAAGCAGAGCUCACCCAAAGGCAGCAAAUACGUGGUCUUUUACCUGGAUCUAUCCUUUGUGUUCCUUCUAGAAUUCAAGAAGUGCAACAUGGCAAGAGGCUGCCUCUGCUGCUUGAAGUAUAUGAUGUUCAUCUUCAAUCUCAUCUUCUGGUUAUGCGGCUGCGGGCUGCUCGGCGUGGGCAUCUGGCUCUCUGUGUCUCAGGGCAGCUUCGCCACCUUCUCACCCUCCUUCCCCUCGCUGUCGGCCGCCAACAUGGUCAUCGCCAUCGGCGCCAUUGUCAUGGUAACGGGUUUCCUCGGUUGCCUGGGUGCCAUCAAGGAGAACAAGUGCCUGCUUCUGAGCUUCUUCAUUGUCCUGCUGAUAAUUCUCCUGGCAGAGCUGAUAUUGCUCAUCCUGUUCUUUGUGUACUCAGAUAAGGUGAGUGAGAAUGCUAAGCAGGACCUGAAGGACGGCCUGGCCCUCUACAACUCAGAAAACAACAUAGGCCUGCGGAACGCGUGGAACAUCAUCCAGGCAGAGUGGAAGUGCUGCGGUGUGAUAGCGUACACCGACUGGCACGAAGCCCUGAAGGAGAAAGUAGUUCCUGACCGCUGCUGUCAGGAGCAUUACCAGAACUGUGGACACAACUCCACCAACAUGUUCUGGAACAGGGGCUGCUUUGAGAAAGUGGAGGAAUGGCUGGAUGAAAACAAGCACCUGCUGGGAACUAUAGGCAUGGUCAUCUUGGUAGUGCAGCUGCUGGGCAUGGCGUUCUCCAUGACACUGUUCCACCACAUCCACAGAACGGGGAAGAAGUACGACGCUUAGCCUUCGGGGCGUUGACACCCAAUGGAGAGGAGCCCCACUGCCUGAUGGGAUAAGACUCUGACUUAAACAACCCCCUGCUUCCCUCAUUCACUUAAUAACCUCUUUAGAGCAUCCUUCGCCCCCCCCCCUUCUGUACAGAUUCCAGCUGCGUCCCUGCUCCCUCCUCUCACCAUUCAUUUUGCCAAAGAGUAACACAACUGGAAGAGAAGGGACACCAACUUUUGGCAAGGAAGAGAAUCCCAUUGUCACUGCUCUUGAGUGUUUUCUUUUUUUCUCGCUUGGACUAACAAUUUGCUGGAAGGAACAAAAGACUUUGAGACAAUGAAGACUUGACUAAUGCCCCUCUCUUCCCCAAGCAAAGAGAACAUUUGAAACUGUCGAUACCCUCCAUCUCUUGUGGAGUCUUCAUUUUCCUCCUUGUUGAAUGAAGUCAAGUCCUCUCCCCUUUUCAUUUGUAAAUGAAAAAAAGUUCCAACAUGGCAUGCUAGUUUUAUACUUCACUGAUUUAACUUUGUUGUCGAAAUGUCAAACGAUUUCUUUUUGUUUUCCUGUAAGUGUGUCAUCGAUGCUCCUGUGGAAUGUAAGUGUGGAACAGAUCAGUGCAAUGAGCGCUCAGACAUGCAGUGUGUGUGUGUGUGUGUCUGUGUGUGUGUGUGUCUGUGUGUGUGUCUGUGUGUGUGUGUGUGUGUGUGUGUGUGUGUGUGUGUGUGUGUGUGUGAUUUGAAGUGACGUUGCUGCAGAGGGGUGAAGAUAUGUCAGGAUGAUGUCUAAUGUAAUCCAUGAUUCAUAAUUUUUACUUUUUACAUUUAGCUGUCGAGAUUUGGGCAAAAAGAGAGCGUGAUGGAGGAACGUGGUGUAAGCGUGAGGAUUUAUUUCAUGGGCGAUUCUGCAAUAUAUCCUCUGAAUGAUAAAUGAAACACACAAAUCCAGCUAUGGACACACAGCAGCAUUGUUCCCAUUCCCUGAGAGACAAUACAAAUGAUGUAAAAUGGCUGUUUAUUAGGGCUCCACCAGGGCUGUCAAGUGAAGACAUCUGGGUGAUGAAGUUCCCACUUUUGAGAACACAGGCUGAAUUGUCUGUGUGUGCUCUGUGGGUGUGUUUUAUCACACUGUCUAAGCUGCAGAAGGGAAGAAAAAAAAAUCGGAACAUAUAAAUCUAGAGAGUCGAGGGUACCAGGGGCAGAAACAGAGCAGACAUGUUGUCUUGCUGCUGCCAUCGACUGUGUGUCAGCGGAGGCGGCUCGAGCUUUUCUCUUCUAUAUAUUCUUGAGAUCUCAUCCAUUCACACUGCCCUCCUCGUUUCUGUCUCCCUCCUGCCUUCAUCCCUUCCUAUCCCAAUUUACUUCCCACGUGUCAGAAACCAAUGAGCUUUUUUUUUUUUUAUUGUUGUCGUUGCUCCAAACGUGUGCACAAUAUCUCUGCUCACAUUCCUGCUCAUGGCGCAGUUUCCAACUUCUCUUAUUUUUUUUUUGUAAUCUUCCUUUUCUUGCUGCAAACAGAGGAGGGGAUGGUGGGAGCGUAGGCACAUCAAAGCCGAGACAGAUAGGUAUGGCAACAUGGCCUGUAGGACGCUUCUGUUUAAGUAUGUUUACCGCCAAUUCGCUGCAGGAGGUCUGUGCAACAGCCUUCCUCCUUAAGACUGAAAAUACUCCGGUGUGGCGACUUGAAGGAAAAUGCCCUACGGCGCGUCGGCUCCAGGCUUCAAAAGUUCUGUGUGUGUGUGUGUGUGUGUGUGUGAGUGUGAGUGUGUGUGUGAGAAACGGUUGUGUGGAGGAUGAGCUCAUUGUUAAAGGAUAAAUUUAGGUUUGGUCAACACUCUGUUAUGAUUACUUUGUACUCUCCAAAGUAAAAGUUGAGAGGAGGAAGAAGAAGAUGGUGUCCAUUUGGACAAAAAACCAGCAGGGAGUCAGGCAGUCAGUCGGGUUAACAAACACUCGGUAUGUCGGUAAUAACCACGUGUGUCCACACAGCUACAUCAAACACGACAGGUCGAAGUCCAACUAGAAAGGCCGCUGAUCAUUUUCAACAAAGUUUUCACUAAUAAUUCCACUUUGUUUUCCUUUUGUGGUUCUGCUCUAGUUCCAUUCUGAUAAUCAGCCUGAACAGCUACGUCUGUCUCGUAUCAAUAUUCAUUACGACAAGGCGUUCCUUUUAGCCAUUUUCUGUCUGACUGCUGUGCGCUCCAUCAGCCGUGACUUCCCUAUCUCCACGCAACAAUGUCAUUUUCGGUCCGCACAGAUGCCGUGGCAGGUGCGGGCAGCGGUAAACAUAUUUCACGUCCGUCAAUGAAGUAUGAUGUUUUCGUGGGGCCCUCACGACCCGUGCAGGUGUUUCCAAUUACUUUGAACGAUUACACUUCUGGUCAGGUUGACGUCCGACCCACGGCGUCGCCUCGAAUCACGUGACAUUUCCCGAACUGUAAGCUGAUAAUAGGGAGGAAGGCGUAAACUCUUCUGUCUUCACACUUGCUACCAUUUCUUUUGUGGCCAUAUGUUGAAAUCCGUCCCUUGCUGACACAUUCACUUCACCCUAUAUAACAGCCAGGGGUUUAUUAAACAGUGAGAUUCCAUUAGGUUAAUUCCUUAAUCUUUAAAUUGACUCUAAACACAGCAAACUAUAACAUAUAAAGGCUCAGACUUUGGACACAGGAAGAGGAAAUUCCUUUUCUUAAAUAUUUUAUUUAUCCUUCCGAUCGAUUCGUUUGUUUCUCUGACCAGACGAAACAGCCCUUAAAGACAUUUUUCAUUUGGUAAAACAGUCUGUGACAAAUUACGAUGUCUAGAGUCUGGUUGUUAAAGUUCCUGCACCGUCAGACCUCUUUGGAGAAAUUCCGAAACAAGAAGUGCAAACCUCCUUCAAGUCCCAACACUCCUCUUAAAUUCCAUCAAGCUGCGAUAAACUGCACACGCUCCGAUCUGGAUCUGCACCAAUUUUUAAGGAGUUCAUUUUUGGCCGGUGCCCCAAGUCUCCACCAAGUUUCGUGUAGUUUUUUCCGUUCAGUGGUUUCUGUGUAAUCAAAGAAACAAAUCAACGGACAGGGUAAAUGUAUCCUCCUUGGCAAAAGCAAUAAAUAGCCAUGUUGUAAUUAACUUUGACCUUUAACAGCAAAGGACAGACGAUCAUUUAUUUGCUGUUAUUGAAAGCUGAGCAGAGGAACCAUCGGGACCAGGAGUGGCCGCGUUCUAAAGUUUUUUUAUCCAAGGAAACCGUUGAGGCGAGUGUGUUGUUAAUUUAGGAUGAAACCUUGAAACUCGGACACGGUGCUUCGCUGCUUCACGAGUAAACAAACGACUUGGCUCAGAAAGAAAAUGAAUCUGUUUGCCUUCGAGUUUCGCCUGAGGUCAGUCUUAGCUAGGUUUUUAUUUUAUUGUUUUUUUUAAUGAGUUCAUCAGAGAGACAUUGUGGAGUGUGUGGGGGGGGGGCUUCAUGCAUCGAGGAGCAACACAUUUGAGCCGUGAUGUGCAGCGACCCUGCUGGCUGUGAUUCACUGCCUGCCGCCGUAUGCUUCGACUCCUCUCGUUGUGUCCAUGGGGGGAACAUGACAGCUGCUGAUGUACAGAGCAGGCACGAGUGGCCACAGCUCCCCCGUGCUUGGCUGCCUCCACUGCACAUCCCUGAUUUACUUCUCCGCUCCACAGACACAUAUACAGUAGCUACAGUACCCUGGCAGCACUGACACUGUGGAAAUGCAGCUGUGCUCUUUGGAUACCUCGAAAAAGCGCGUCGUGGAGUAGAGAGGUUAUAGAUGUGACAGUUCCCGCGAAUCACACGGUAAUACAUCCUCACUGCAGGCGGCAAGUUUAGAAGGAAACACCAGAUAAAUAAUUUGUUGUGUUGUUUCAUCUCGCGUGGGGUGGAAAAGUGUGUAAACGCAGAUGUCACACGAAACGACCUGAAGCGAAUUCGAUGUCUGUCUCCCAACCUGACGUCACACUUCAGAGACGCAGGCUGCAAACUGUGCAACUCCUUGCCCCCCGACUGAUAUGACUGUGCUGACAUUCUGACAUUCUUUUAAUGUCAGAGAAAAUGUUCCCACGUGGUUUAUUUUUAGAAGAAAGCAGGGAUGAAUGCCAUUUUAACGCUGUUUCAUUUUGUUAUUUUUGUACAUUUGCUGUCGCUGUUUUAAUGUUUCUUUUUAUAUGAUAUGCUGUUGUUUUUCUUGUUGUAGGAUGUUUGACUGGCUGUUUUUCUCUUUCUCAUGACAGAGGCUCAUUGUUGCACAUUGUGAGAAUAUGACACCAUUAAGCGUUUGUUUCUGAGCGGAUUAGUCUCUGCGAUGUUCCUCUACGAGGUGUAAAAACACUGUUCUGUCUUAACAUUGCUACAAGCGGUUGAAGCAAUUAAGUCAGAAUUGAUAGAGAUGGAGAAAUUUGGCAUACAUCACCCGACGAAGCCCACAAAAGACGAGCUGCACGCUUGUCAACGUGCUAAAGUCGGACGUGCUGCCAUCGUUCGCAGUGUGUCUUUUAAAACUGCCAGCGUAAGGCCCAUUAUGUAUUUCGAGAGCAUGUACUAUAAGCGGACACCACAGCACAGAGCAAACGUUACGACAGCAUAUCAGUGCUGUACGUUCAGCUCCAGAUGUAAAUAUGCUCAUUUUACAACUUACUCUGCCACUUUAAUCACAUUUACACACAGUUUUAUUGCCAUUGACAUGCCUAACACACACACAUACUCUACAGACAUAACCUUCACGUAUGUUAUACAUCUUCUCAUGUUUGAUAGAUUUCUGCCUCUUGUUUUCCUCUUCAAGUGCAGGAGCAGUGUAAAUUUGAUGUACAUUUGUGUUUUUGUCUGUAAGGUUUUCAUAGUUUAUUUGACUACAUUUGCAUCUUGUAGUAGGACACGUGUUUCCUCUUGUUUUCUUUUGAAUUCCCUCUCAUCCAUGGACGCACUCAGAGAUGGAGAAGGACGAAUGCACAUGCAGUAAUUUGAUUUUGUCUGCUGUGAAGAAUUUUGAGAGAUAUAGAGACAGUUUUUAUUUUUUUUUAUUUACCACCUUCGACAUAUUAUUUCUGUAAUCUCCUCCUAAUCCUAACCCCCCGUGCUGAAACUGAAUAUCUGAGCAGUGGAACAUGUACGCUCUAAAAAUGGUGUGUUUGAUGUUGUGUUUGCCGGGUAGCACUAUCUGAUACCUGCCAACCUUGUCCUGUGGAGUUUUCUGCUACAUGUGAAAGCACUCUGAAUAUCUAUACUAAGGUGGUGCACCUUCUCUCUUUACUCUAAUUCAAAGUAUUUUUCAAAUAAAGGAAAGAGUGUCACAAAAAGUCCCACGACAACGAACGCUCAUUGCCUUUCGUGUUUAAUGACUCCAUCUUCCUGAUGCUCCUUUUUUUUCAUGUCAUUUCAACUGUAUAGGCAGAAUUUAAACGCUGUUUGAUGCUGAUUUUUUAUUUGAGGGGGGAUUAGGAGACAGGGCUUGGCUUGGAGAGCAAAGUGAAGCUGUGUCACUGCAGAUCCUGUGUUUUCAGUAAAAGAGAGUGGCAUCGCAGCCUUAAAAUAGCUUCUUUUUUUUUCUUUUUUUUUUUAAAUAACAAAACCUGAGGGACUGUUGUCCAGAAGACGCUGAGAUGAGCUAAUGGUAGUCAGCCAGUUGCACACACAGAGGUUUUUUUUUAAAGAACAAAAGGAAGAUGAUGAAAGUGGGAACCAUGGACACUUCUUACACCGCGCAGUGAGCUGCAGAGUAUUUUGGGUGCGCAGCUUUAUCCCCCUUUUUAACCUAAUUGUAAGCAGGCCUAUAUGUGACGGUGACUGGAGUUUAUUGUGCCAUUCCAUCCUGGCUUCUUUUAUUUUGUUUUACAUCACUGUUCCUUCUAUGCAAAAAUAUGACCUAUUUUAGCCUUUGUAUAGAUUAUUUUGUAUGAGUGACAUGUAUUGAAAUAAAGUAAACAGAAUCAA